AUGUCGGGCAAACUGAUCAUGAAGCGCAAGCGAGCCAGUCAGGAGGAGCAGCAGCAUCAGCAGCAGGCACAGGAGCAACGUGUCCAGCCGCAGGAGCAGCAGCCGGAGCAGCAACCGAAUGAUGCAGUUCCGGAGAAGCGCCAUCGUCCUCUUACACCACCAGCAGAAGAGCCAUCCCCGCCAGAUGCCCCCAAUCGAAUCCUCCUGGAAGCGCUGCAAAAGAUAAUGGAGCUGCAGGCGGAACUGGAUGCCUUUGAGCAGGAUCUGGAUGAUCGAGAUGGCUAUGCGGCUGCCGGAGCUGGGGCUGAGGACGCCGAGGAAAGUGAAGAGGAUGCCGAGGUGGCUGCCCAGUUUGCGCCACCGACGCCAGCCCAAAGGACACAGGCGGAGGCACUGGGCUUCGCCAUGUGCGCCAGGGAAACGCUGCUGUUCCUCCAGAGUGAGGGAGUACCCACGGAGUCGCCGCUCUACCAGACUCUGCUCGGGAAAUUGGUUGGUCAAAGCGAUGGACUGCUGCACGCCUAA